GCUGUGCUCGUCGCUCCUGCUGUACACCACUGCACACUGCUGCUGUGUAUGAAGACUGAAGGAGAGGAGGACCCGACCACGACUGUGCCCGACAACUUGUACAAUGGACGCUGCAGAGUUCCGGAGGAGAGGGAAGGAGAUGGUAGACCUGAUAGCAGAUUACCUGGAGAACAUAGAGCAGAGGCCAGUGUACCCCGACGUGGAGCCUGGGUACCUGCGGUCCCUCAUCCCUGAGGAGGCCCCUGAGGAGCCCGACACCUACGAGGACGUGGUCAAAGACAUUGAGAGGGUCAUCAUGCCUGGGGUGACCCACUGGCACAGCCCGUACUUCUAUGCCUACUUCCCCACGGCUAACUCCUUCCCGGCCAUGCUGGCAGACAUGCUGUCUGGAGCUAUUGGUUGCAUCGGAUUCUCCUGGGCUGCCAGCCCUGCAUGUACAGAGCUGGAGACAGUCAUGAUGGACUGGCUGGGGAAGAUGCUCAAGCUGCCAGAGGACUUCAUCGCCGGGACACACGGACAAGGAGGAGGCGUCAUCCAGGGUACGGCCAGUGAGGCGACUCUGGUGGCUCUCCUAGCUGCCCGCUCCAGGGCGGUCAGAAUGAUCCUGGCCAGUGACCCACAGCGUCCAGAGACUGGCAUUACCUCCAAACUGGUGGCCUACUCCUCCGACCAGGCUCACUGCUCGGUGGAACGAGCAGGUAUGAUUGCCGGAGUGAGGAUGAAGAAGAUUCCAACGGAGCAGUCAGACAAGUACGCUGUCCAGGGAGAGACACUCCGGAGAAUGAUACAGGAAGACAAGGCUGCAGGACUCAUCCCCUUCUACUUCUGUGCUACUCUUGGGACCACUCCCUCGUGUGCAUUUGAUCACAUUACUGAACUUGGGCCCAUAUGUAAUGCAGAGAAAAUCUGGAUGCACAUUGAUGCUGCAUAUGCUGGGAGUUCCUUUAUUUGUCCUGAAUUCAGACCCCUGUUGAACGGCAUUGAGUUUGCAGACUCAUUCAAUUUCAACCCACACAAAUGGUUGUUAGUCAACUUUGACUGCUCUACAAUGUGGGUGAGGAAAAGAUCUGAUCUCAUUGGGGCCUUCAAGAUGGAUCCUCUAUACCUGAAACAUGAUCAUCAAGAGUCAGGGCUGGUCACAGAUUACAGGCACUGGCAGAUUCCACUGGGCCGAAGGUUCCGCUCUCUCAAGAUGUGGUUUGUGUUCCGGAUGUAUGGGCUCAAAGGCCUUCAGAACUACAUCCGUAAGCAUGUGGAGUUGGCCAAAGAGUUUGAGAGCCUGGUUCGCGCUGACCAGCGCUUUGAGAUCAGCGCAGACGUCGUCUUGGGGCUGGUCUGCUUUAGACUAAAGGGCUCCAACGAGGUGAACGAGACCUUGCUGAAGAGGAUCAACAAUGGCAGGAAGAUCCACCUGGUGCCGUGCCAGCUGUCUGGUCAGUUUGUGCUGCGCUUCGCCGUCUGCGCCCGCACCACCGAGUCACGUCACAUCCGCGAGGCCUGGCGACUCAUCACACAGCUGGCCGAAGAGGUCAUGCAAGAGCUGCCCCACUGACCAUCCACAUUGACUAGACAGGCUGGGUUGGACCAGGAGCUGUAAGUAUCAAGUAUUUCAGAGUAAGAGUGCAGGUCUAGGAUCAGUUCCCCCCCUGUCCAUUCAUUAAAAUAUAAAAGACAAAAUUGAUCCUAGAAGCGGAUCUUAGAUCAGCACUCCUACUCUGAGAUGUUUGAUGAAUUAAGGGCCCUAACCCCACCUGACCAAGGCUGGAAUUCAAAAAGUGUCUCAGAGUAGGAGUGUCCAUGUUAUCUUAUUUCUUGUGAAGUAAAAGGCUAAAGUGAUCCUCGUUCAGCACCUCUACUCUGAGAUGCUAUAUGAAUACAGGUCUGGAUCUCACUCAAUGGAGGGAGGACGGCUCAUAAUGAUGGCUGAAAUGGAGCGACUGGAAUGGCAUCACACCAUGUGUUUGAUACCAUUCCACCGAUUCCGCUCCAGUCAUUACCACAGCCCAUCCUCCCGAAUUGAGGUGGCACCAACCUCCUGUGAUCUCACUGUGUUUACAUCAUCAGCAUACUGUAACUGCAGCCCUUUCUCUUUGCUGUCUCAUCCCAUGUGUGUAUUUAUAUGUGUGGUUGUAUGUGAAUCAGUGAAUUUGUGUUGGUGAGUGUGAAUAAAUUAAAGGUGCGUAUGUGAGUGAAGCAAAUCAUAUCCAGAUGUUAAGGUUUUGCCUGAUCGGUUACUAUAGUGUAGGGUUUACUGACAAUACUCAAGCAUUUGUUCUAUGUAAAAACAGACUGACUGAGUUCUGCUCUGACUCCACACCAGUAUGCUAAAUGAGAGAGGCCAGGCUAAAGACAGGCACCACCCCCCUCAGGGCUCUGUGUAUGCCCCACCUGCUCCUACAACCCCUCUCCACCCUCACCUACCCUGCCCUGCCCCUUCUCAACCAACUGUUCAUCCAAAUCACUUUAGAGAAAGGCCAGCAUGCUAAAAAUACAGGCAAGGACUUAGUAUGUGGGGCUUUAUCCUGCCUGAGGUUUAUCCAGGCUCUGGUCACUCAGCUGUGUUUACCUGCUCUAGUGGAGUGAUUGGUAGAGGUAUUCAAUUCAGUACAACAUUAUUUAUCCCCUUAGGGGCAUAUUGAUUAAAACAUUGGGUUAGUGUAGGUCCCUAAAACAAGAUUGCACAUUAUAAAUGUUCACAAUUCAAAACAUUUAAGAGUCAGAAAACAUUGUAUGGUUUGGCACCAUUAUACAGUAAGUAGAGAUAGAAACAGUUAGUAUCCCACAAGGUUUGAGCUGUUCACUGUUUUCAUGAAGCCAAAAGAAUUAACAGCAUGUUGAGAUUUUGCCAAAGAGAGAAACAGGUAUCUUAUACCAGAGACACAGGUAUCUUAUACCAGAGAAAUAGUUAUCUUAUACUAGAGAAAUAGUUAUCUUAUACAAGAGACACAGGUAUCUUAUACCAGAGACACAGGUAUCUUAUACCAGAGACACAGGUAUCUUAUACCAGAGACACAGGUAUUUUAUACAAGAGACACAGGUAUCUUAUACCAGAUAAACGGGUAGCUUAUAUCAGAGUUGUGGCCAUUCCCAUUUCAAUUCAGUCAAUUCUGAAAGUAAACUAAAAUUCUAAUUCCAAAAUGUUCUCAUAGAGAAACAUUGAGCAAAAAUGUUUAACUCCCUAAUCGACUGAAUAGAAAAGGAAUUGACCACAACCCUGUUUCAUAAGCAGUUUUGUCCUGAACAUUAUAAUAACCCACGAGACACAUGAUGAGACAAAUAAGAGCUCUUAUGGGAGCAUCAGUUAAAACACUUACUGGAAGCUUUUGCCCUGCAUGAAUAAAAUAUACAGACAACAGUUUUAAUGUCUCAGUUGAUUUGAAGAGACACAAAAACAAUAUGUACCGAGCUUCACUUAAUGCCCUCAGCAGUAGCAGUGAGCCAAGGAGGAAUUGACUUGAGAGGGUCUCUCCUUAAGAGGGUAAUAUGAAUGUGUUUCAAAUGUGUACUCUACUGUAUGCACAUCAUAUGAUGUUUAUGUUGGGCUGUUGGAUAAACAAACUAGUUGAAUUAGAUUAGACCUUUAAACUGCGAUUCCCAGCAUGUCAUGGAGUCACUCAAAAUAAAUGAACUAAGUAAUCAAGAGAUAAAAUAUCCCUGUCCCUGGUUUGAUUCACAAGUCAAGUGUGCCUUUGAAUGAGGGAUGGAGGGGUGUGUGUGUGUAGAAUAUGUGUAGUGGUGUCUUUUUGUCUCUUAUGUGUCUGUGUUUACUUGAUAUUACCAGCAGUGGGCUGACUGCUUCAGUCUCACACUGGGGGGACAUUGUAUUGUUAACUUGAUCAUCUCUUACCUGGCGAUAAGGUGGUAGUGCAAUCCUAUGUUUUUUGAAGGAGGAAAACCUUAAGCAUAGCUGUAUUAUUUUAUAUGCUUUGAGUGGCUUUGUGGCUUCCUGCUACUGAUCUGCCUCUGGCAUCAUUGUACUGUCCUCUUUACACAACAAAAUAAAUGUGUUUGUGAUGUG